AUGGCGUCAAAUCUCGAGGCUAUUCUGGCGGGUAAAUACCCAGCCAAGGAUCACGCCCGCAAAGUUGCUGCGUAUCUGAAGCAAAAGGGACUGAAAGACGACGGCGUCAUCUACCUAGAAGGCCAAAAGACGAAAUUUAUCGAAGAUAAUGACUCCGAGCAACCUUUCCGGCAACGUCGCUUCUUUUUCUACCUUUCUGGGUGCCUACUUCCAGAUGCUCUCUUGACAUACCACAUAAGCUCCGACGAGUUGACUCUAUAUAUCCCUCCGUUGGACCCCGAUUCGGUUAUCUGGUCUGGUCUUCCCAUGUCUCCUGCACAAGCAAAAGACACCUACGAUGUCGACAAGGUCCUGUUGACGAGCGAGAUCAACCCUAGCCUGGCGCAACUGGGAUCACAGGUUGGACAGAAUGGUGUCGUAUUUUCUAUACAGGGACAAAUAUCGGACAGCACUGAUUUUGUUCCUUUCCCAAACACCGAUUUUCUUGCAGUGAAAACAGCCAUUGAAGAAUGUCGGGCUAUCAAAGACGCGUAUGAAAUUGCCCUCCUUCGCAAGGCAAACGACGUUACUGCUCAGGCUCACGUGGCCGUAUAUAAAGCAGCCAAGUCGGCUAAAAAUGAACGAGAGCUUGAGGCAGCAUUCAUCGCGACUUGUAUCGCUCAUGGCUGUCGUGAGCUAGCAUAUCAUCCUAUCGUUGCCAGCGGUACAAGCGGAGCCACCCUUCACUACGUCAAUAAUAAUGAUAGUUUGAUUGAUCCGACAACAAAUAAAAGAAAGUUGAACUUGCUUUUGGACGCUGCCGGUGAGUAUAGAGCGUACUGUGCAGAUGUUACGCGGACCUUUCCAUUGUCAGGCAAAUUUUCUCCCGAAUCUCGAGAGAUUUAUGACAUUGUGCUGGAGAUGCAGCUUGAAACACUGAAAAUGAUUAAAGAAGGCGUUCUUUGGGAAGAUGUUCAUAUUGCUGCACACCGUAUUGCUAUCAAGGGCCUGCUGAAACUUGGCAUUCUCAAGGGCACAGAAGAAGAGCUGUUUGACAAGCGAAUCAGUGUGGCCUUCUUUCCGCACGGGCUUGGUCAUUAUCUUGGAAUGGACACCCAUGAUACCGGGGGCCAUGCAAACUACGAAGACAAAGAUAAGAUGUUCAGAUACUUGCGCGUUAGGGGUAACCUUCCGGCGGGAAGUGUGGUUACUGUCGAGCCUGGGAUCUACUUUUGCCGCUUCAUCAUUGAGCCGUACCUGCAGUCGCCCGAAAGCUCGAAAUAUAUCGACAACGAUGUGCUCGAGAAAUAUUGGGAGGUCGGAGGUAUUCGUAUCGAAGAUAACAUCCAUGUCACAAAGGACGGCCAUGACAAUCUCACAUCUGCCCCUAAAUACGCGGACGAGAUCGAACUGUGGAUUAAUGGGUCAUAA